GCCGCGCGCGCGGUGCGGCUCGCGGGCGCGCUGUGCCGGAAGAUGCAGUUCGAGCUGCGAACGAACGAAAAAGUGUCGAAAUCGGACGACUCGCCGGUGACGGUGGCGGAUUUCGCGGCGCAGGCGGUGGUGUCGCACGUCCUGGGCGUCGCGAGGCCGGACGUCGGGCUGGUGGCGGAGGAAGACGCGCGGAGUAUGCGGGAACCAGCGGGCGCGAAAUUGCGAGCGAGAGUGACGGCGGUGGUGAACGAUGCGCUCGAAGGCGUGGUGGAGCGCAGACUGAGCGAGGAGGAGGUCAUGGACGCGAUCGAUCGCGGGGCGACGGACGGCGGCGCGUCGGGGUCGUUUUGGAUUCUCGAUCCAAUCGACGGCACGAAAGGAUUCAUUAAUGGUCGGCAGUACGCCAUCGCUUUGGCGCUCAUGGAGGACGGCGAAGUUACGGGUGGUGUUCUCGGGUGUCCGAACAUGCCGAGCGAGAAGAUACCGCGAGGAGCGACGGAAAUUCCGACGGCGGCGCCGGGAGUAAUUUUCGUCGCGUACAAGGGGCGCGGGACGACUGUGGGGGCGUUCGACGCGGAGCAUCCUCUGCGAGAUGGCGCGAAAAUAACGACGAAUAAAGUGGCCAGUUCGAGCGAAGCGACGUACAUGGAAUCGUGGGGGGACUCCAUCGUCGCCGAUCAUGGGUUUACGAAUUCUUUGAGCGCGGCGAUGGGCGUAACGGCGCCGCCCGUGCGCAUCGAUAGCAUGGCAAAGUACGGUGCGCUCGCCCGUGGAGACACGAAUAUGUAUCUCAGGUUUCCGCCCGCGAGUUAUAGAGAAAAAGUUUGGGAUCACGCCGCGGGCGCGAUCGUGGUUCAGGAGGCGGGAGGGGUCAUCACCGAUGGCGCCGGGAAUCCACUCGAUUUUUCAAAGGGACGAUUUUUGGACAUCGACAUCGGCAUCGUGGCCACGUCU